AUGAAGCGACCAUGGAAGGAUAUUAUCGAUGCUACCAUACUUGCCCCUGCUUGCUAUCAAGGGCGUGAUACCUACAAUGAGACAUUUUGGGGAUCCGAGAUGUGGAACGCGAACACGCCAGUGCAGGAGGAUUGCUUGCGGCUGAACAUUUGGACUCCAGCUAAUGCUUUUAACUUAACAACAAUGGUAUGGCUGUUCGGGGGUGGUUAUUACUCAGGCAGUCCGUCCCUGAUUUUAUACGACGGCAAAGCUAUGGCAGUCACUGGGAACGUGAUCGUUGUGAACAUUAACUACAGACUUGGCCCGUUUGGAUACUUAUAUUUGGAUCAUGAAGAUGCCCCAGGCAAUAUGGGGAUGCUCGAUCAAGUUCGUUUUGUGUACUUUCUGCGAACUUUCAAAUUUACGCGCAUUAAUGCUAUACCAUACUAA